GUAACUCUUCAGUCUAAGCGGUGUGCAAUGUGUAGACGGGAAAUACCUCAGGAUUAUCUUUUCAAUCCGGAGCUUCUAGACCAGGAUAGGGAGGAGGAUACAGAGACAGAAGAUGAAACUUGUUGGUUCUACGAGGGAAGGAACGGUUGGUGGAAAUAUGACCAAAGAACAAGCUCGGAAAUAGAACAUCAUCAAAAGUCUGGUGCUGAAAGAUGUGAGCUCCUGAUUGCUGGGUUCCUUUAUAUAAUUGAUUUCACGCACAUGCUUCAGUAUAGGAGAAAUGAUCCAAGCCGGAGAAGGGGCAUAAAGCGAGAUAUUGCUACAGUACCAAAGAAAGGCGUCGCAGGACUCAGGAUAGGAGUAGACAUGGAUCCUCAACCCAGCUCCAGCCCUUCCAAUAGGCAAACCAACCCUGCUCCAGGUUCAAGUAGAGCACCCAACCCUACUCCUAGAUCUGAUAUACAACCCAACCCUGAUCCUGGCUCAAGUAGAACACCCAACCCUACUUUUAGCUCUAAUAUGCAACCCAACCCUGCUCCUGGUUCUAGUAGAGCACCCAACCCUGAUCCUGGUUUUAGUAGAAUACCCAACCCUACUCCUGGUUCUACUAGAGCAACAAGUGGAGCCAACUUGUCUGAUUCUCGAGAACCAAACGGAGAAGAGUCGGAUGAGGAGUUUUACAGCGAUCAAUAUGAUCAUGGUGAAGAUCAAGUCGUAUAUAGACUUUCUAGUCGGAGAGAAGAGAUUGGUAGCCAAGGAGAACUAGCAGAACCAAGAACGGAUGGAAGAAGAGAGUUGAAUCCUCGAGAACAAGAAUUAAACAACGAGCUUGAGCAGCUUGGAAUUAGUGAAACAACUCCUUGCUCCUCAGUUUAGAUUAAAAAAGAAUGUAUUUUGUUCACAAAAUUAUUUUUUUAAAGCAAUUAAAUCUAGUUGAGAACACCCCCCAACUGUUCUGUUUAAAAUAGUAAUGUUGAAACGAAAAUAAUCGAAAUUUUACUUUUAUUUAAAUGUUUGUGUCUGUAAUUAUCCUUCAGAACCAUUCCUAUAUAUUCAUGCUGUUAUAAUAAUAUCUUUAUUUUAUAUAUAUAUAUAUAUUAUGUUAUUUAAUUUAGACAUUUUUCUUAAAUGUAUCAUCACAAAGUAAUAAUUUAUACUGUUGCUAAUUGAAUAAGAAUAUUUAUAGAUAAAAAUUUGUGGUUCCGUUUUCCUUCUAUGUGCUGCAGUAUUCAAAAUGUUAUUUAAUAUCAAGUAGAGUUGCAGUCACAUAAAAAUUUUUUAGUUUUUUUACAUUCAGUGUAGACUACACCGCUUUUUAGAAUAAUAGUGGAAAAUAAAUUUUAGUUAAAAUUUUUUA